GGCCCAGAAUUCUGUCGGGGUCUUGGCACGGACAAACAACAAGCUCCGUCACGACUUGCCGGACCGGGCAAGAAUGUCCAGCGGUCCGAUAACCGAGCACCUUUUCAACACCCAGCACCAACACUUACCGUGGUCCGGCAAUUAACGAGAAAAAACACCAUGCGCUUCUCAGGUGCUCUCCUGGCGGCGCUAGUAGGGCACGCGCUUGCGCACGGGGACCACGGCGGCAGCGGGUCACACCAGCCGCACGUCGACGAGAACGCAAGCUGGAUGCAGAAACACAUGGCCGAGGAGCACCACGUCGACGGGUUCGACGCGGGGUCCUUCUUCGCGCUACACGACUUCGACGCCGACGGCAGCUGGCAGGGCGAGGAGAUCCUGCGGACAUACGGGCUGAUGGACGAGUCGAAUAAGGGCGUGUCGGAGGACCGCCGGGCGCAGAUCGUGCAGGAGAUCAUGGGGCUGAUCGACGCCAACCGCGACGGGCGCAUCAGCCGCGACGAGUUCGUGCGCUUCAUCGAGACCGACGGCAAGACCCUGCCCGACAUGGGCACGGGGCCCGGCCACCACGGCGACGACGAGUACGAGUACGAGAUCCACCACUGGGAGAAAUACCACGACGAGAACACCAAGCUCGAAGACCUCACCCACCCCGAGGACAUUGAGCACUUCAAAAAGCACGAGCAGAUGGAGGCCGAAGAAGAGCGGCUGGAGAAGCUCAGCAAGCAGAGCAUCAUCGAGUCCAACAUACCGUCCAAGUUUCGACGGGGGGGAUAAAGGAAGCCGUCCGCGACGGCGUAAUGGGAACAGACACAUGAACAUAACUGACAUAUACGUAAUGGUAAUGACCCCAGCCGGCAUGUCCAGCUACGGCACCGACGAAAUCUAGCUAUUCCCCAGCACCAGACCUAGUAGUAAUAAACACAUCAAACACGCAGUGCCACACCCCCGGCGCGUACGUCUUGACCAGCUCGACAUGUUCCACCACAGCCCUCUUCCCCCCAUCCUCCCCGUCCCUCUCCCCAUCCUCCGCCGCCCACCGAUCAAACAACCGCUGAACCUGCCCCCUCCGCGCCUCGAUAUCCGCGACCCCAACAUUCUCAUGCAGAUGCAACCACCCCGCCUCCCCGCCCGCCACCACCAUCCCCCACGCAUCCCUCCACACCGGCUCGCUCGUCGGCAAAAACCCACAGUUCACAUGCACCACCUCCAACACCCCCCCACCACUCCGCUCCCGAAACCCGCCCACCCGCCCCGCCGCCC